AUGAUCUACUCGCAGGCCUUCCGCAACGAGCAGUUCAGUCCUGCUGUCGCGUUAUUCUCUGCGGCAGGCUCAGCACCACACAGCGUAAGUUUCAUCCUUGUAAAUUUUCUUUCGCAACAGUAG